UACACACGCACAAGCACUGACACUGGUAUGGUGUAAGCACUUUUUCUAUGUUUAUUGUUUUUUUUAUUAAUAAUAGAUGGUUAGUGUUACAUAUUUUUCUAUGUAAGCUUAUACCUGCACCGCACACGGAUCCGAAAAUAUGAUAGGUCCUGCAGUGCAAACAAAUGUCUGGACAACAACAAUGAAAACGUAAGGAAUUGUAUUACACGGAGAGCAUGAAGCUAAAAAGGAAUUGUCACUCCUAACGCGCAGCAGGCCUUUAUUUGUCCACAGAAAACCGGGAUAAAUACUAUUGCAGCUUUGUGUAGACCCAGAUGCCUCCACUCCCUAUUGGCGAGCGCAUAGUGGUUAUUCAGCGCCCUAAAAACUUGGCCCUACUUGGGUCCUCCUCACAGACCUCACCACAGCCUCACUCCCAUAUAACAGCCCUCAGCAACAAACCUCUCUCCCGCCCUUCUCAUCCCCACCCUCCUCAGUCCCACCCUAAUCCUCCCUCCCCGAAUUCACUGUCUUUGGAAUGCAAGAGCAGAUCAUCAUCCCGUCUGCAGAAAACCAAGGGCAACAAGGCUAUCGUGUCAGAGGGUGUCAGACACACCGCUAGCCACUGUCACAGCAACGGGACCGUGACUCUUGGCCCUAGACCCCACCAACACACACACACCAUCGACAUCAAGUUAUCUGUGAACAAAGGAACAAAAGGACAAGGGCACAGCAACACUUUUGGUCGCAGUGGGAGUGUGAAGGUGGGCAAAAAAAGGGUCUCGUUGUGCUUGGAUCCCGGAUACGGGGAGAGAAAAGCUGGGGGAACAUCAGGGAAGCCUGGAGGAGCAGUGCAGCAACUCCAAAACCACUCACAGAACCAGAUCAAGGCCUCACUAGGCAAUCACCAUCAGAAUCAUCUGGCUGUGUCCCCAGGAGGGGUUCUAGAAUUUGUCCCAGCCCAGAGACAGCAGUCCAAGUCCAGAAGAGAGAAGGCGCAGGACGCAGCUUCCAAAGUCUGCUCUGCCAGCUUCCCCCCCAGAGGUGCCCGGGAAGUGCCCUGCGUGGGUAACAAAGAGAAUUCCAAACUGGGACCUGUCCAUGAAAACCCCAACGCCCACAGCCUACCCCGCCACCACAACUCUGUUCCUGUUCCCCAUGCCUCCGUCCUAAACUCCCAUUACCCUGCUUCCCCUCCCUCCCACCAACCCUGUGCUUCUACCUCGUUCCAGAAACCCCUCAACAAGCCCCAUCUAUCCCGUGGCAGGGACCAUCGCCCUCAGAUCCUCCACGGCCUACCCCUCUCCCCCUGUUCCUCCCGUGGAGGUUUCCCCAGCCCAGACCACACCUGUACCAUCGACUUCUCCCAUCCCUUCAGCUGUGGCUGCUGGAAGCUGGUCCGCUGCAGGGGGACCAGGGGACGUUCUGCUGGCUGUCAGGGGGGUGGGGGGAGUCCAUCUUCUUCUUUUUCCUGCGCCCACGGCCACGGGGUUGGAGGGGUGAACCACAGAGGGGGCUCAGCAAUGGGUUUAAGAACUCUGGGGGGAUGUUUGUCCACAGCCUCCACCACCAACACCUCAUCCUCCAACAGCACUGUGUCGGACUGCCGGACGGGUUUGCUCAGACCCCUGCGAUGUGCCUCCUGCGCCGGGGAGGCUGGUGCCUUUGAGAGUCCUGCUGCAUUCCGCAAAAAACUGGUGGGGGGAUGCCUGCCCUGUACCCCACUAUCCUCCUCAGCCCCGCUGCGAGCCUUACAGAGUUGUGUGAGUGGCUGCAACCCCAAAGCCAGUCAGGGCGGCAGCUCUACCUGCAGUUAUUGUAGCAGCGACCCCAUAGUGGUGACCUUCAACCCCCACCGGGGCAGAAAGCCCACCGGGAUGGGGAGGGGUAUAGUGUCAGGGCACCCCAUGGGGGUAUUCCCCGCCGAUGACGAUGAUUACAGUGUGCGUACAAUCUGGCCCGAGGAGCUGGCGAAGAAGAUGACCAGGUCUAAAACUCAACAGAACCACCAGAGCUGUGCCGGGAUGGGGAUGGGAAUAGGGAAGACAUGUGCCGGUCAGAAUCAGAACAGCAGCAACGGAACCAGCCCUGUUAUCCUGGACUGUAAGAACCUGUUGGAGUUCACCCGGAAUCAGAUAACAGACCACGCUGGCCGCCGCCGGCUUCAGCAGGGCAAGAUGGCCGUCCUGGAUUUCAUUGGGUCUGGGUCUGGGCCUGGGCGAGAUCCAGGCCGGGACUCGCUGAAGAGGCUCUGGAAGAAAGGUGGGGAGACAGGGAUGGUGGAUGGCAUGGGGCAGGAAGACGAUAUGGCAUACCCUCGCACCCCCUCCCCCCGCUCCCCCUCUCCCCAAUCCCCUUCUUCCUUCUCAACAGCACCGUCAGUUCCCAGCACUCUCCUCAAACCCAAACCAAGACAGAGAGAUGCAGAGGGACGGUAUUCCCUCCCCUCCGCCCCGUCCCUCCACCUGGUCCUAAACUCAGUCAACAGAGAGCAGGAUGAGGAGAACGGCAGAGUGCACCUCACUCUGCCGCUCUCCUCCUCGCUCCCGGCUUCCCUGUCAGAUGAGAGUGGGAUGACCCCUGACGUGGAGAAUGCGGUGGUGAGCCCCAUCCUGCCCUUCCUUUUCCUGGGCAACGAGAGGGACGCCCAGGACCUGGACCUACUGCUGCGUCUCAACAUCGGCUACGUGGUCAACGUCACCACACACCUGCCCCUCUACCACCUCGGCUCCAGCCUGAUACACUACAAACGACUGCCGGCUACCGACAACAGCAAGCAGAACCUACGUCAGUACUUUGAGGAGGUGUUUGAGUUCAUUGAGGAGGCACACCAGAGUGGGCGUGGAGUGUUGGUUCACUGUCAAGCUGGCGUGUCCCGCUCGGCAACCAUCAUCAUCGCCUACCUGAUGAAGCACACCCUGAUGACCAUGACGGAUGCCUACAAGUACGUGCGGGGCCGUCGUCCUGUGGUGUCUCCUAACCUCAACUUCAUGGGUCAGCUACUGGAGUUUGAGAGGGACCUCAAUUCCGGGGUCACUCCUCGCAUCCUGACCCCCAAACUCAGCGGCCUGGAGACCCAGGUCUGAGAGUGGGAGACUGAAUAGAGGGACAGAAUGGAGGGAUGGAGGAAACCCGCAUUGGGCGAGCCAUAGUUUUGUGAAGGAGAAAUGAAAGGUAGAAUGAUGAAGAAGGGAACGCUGAUUAACAGAUUGUCCCUAUUGGCAUAGAUGAUGAAUUGAUGAUUGAAAUAGUGCACUUCUAUAGAUUAUGGGAGAAAUAAUUUGAUUGGUUAUUUUAUAAAUAGUCUCAUUUCUGGCCAACCUGAUCCUCAUCCAAUUCCAUUUGUAAUUUUGACCAUUUUUAUACAAUGCUUAGAUAUCUGGCAGAUAAGGGGGCAGGUAGACUAGCGGUUAAGAGCGUUGGGCCAUUAACCGAAAGGUCACCGGUUAGAAUCUCAGAGUUGACUCAGUGAAAAAUAUUCUGAUGUGUCCUUGAGCAAGGAGCUUAACCCUUAUUUCUCCUGUAAGUCACACUGGGAUAAGAGCAUCUGCUAUAUGACUUAAACAUGUAAAUAUUAUCUCCCAUGAUCCACUGUGAUCAGAUGACUCAUUUGAUGCUUGUGGUUUACAGCAUUACAGAUACUAAGGAAGUGCAAUGAGUCCUGGCCUGACACAAGGCCAUUUACAAAAUCAAUCAUGCAUGCAGAACCAGAAUAGAAACAACUAUAGUGACACCCCACCAUUAAACUAUGAUAACCCUA